CUCUACUUCGUGCAGAAAUUGAAAGAUGUCUUCGGAAGAAACAGUAAGUGUGGUAGGAAGUGAGGUAAUGCCUCUGGAGUAUGGUGGAAUGGACUUAGAGAGCAGUCCAUCUAGUUCGGAGAGGACGGUGGAAAGGAUGGGAGGAGGUGAGGGAGUGGUAAGAGGGGAGGGAGUGGGAGGAGGGGAGAUAGUUGGGAGUGGAGGAGAUAGUGUACCUAUCAUUGUGGUAGAAGUGGAGGGUAGGGGAGGGAGGUGUUACGAUGUAGAUGCAGAUAUAGUGGAGGAGGUGAAGCAGUAUAAGCCAGCUGGGGUAGAUGAGAGGACGUGUUCUGCUCCUUGGGAUCAUUGGAUGCCCGUGUAUGCCCACUAUUUGGCAGCCAGGCUUAGUUUAAAUGAGGAUGAGGAGGAAGAGGUGGGGAAGUUGAUAAGGAAGGGGGGAAAUUUAUUGAACAUCAUGGACCUCACCAGCGCAGAAUGCAUAGAAGCUACUGAGCUCUAUGGGCCAAGCGCUUUAAGUGAAGUUGAAAUGGAUAAAUUUUUGGGCACUGCAGGAGGAACGGCCAUCCCCAAGAAGCCAAGGAAGAAGUCAAAGACUUUAACCAAGCAAGUGGAUGAGGAAGAAGUUGGGAAAGAGGUAGUGCCCAGCAUUUCAGCCGAGGUGGAGGAGGAGGAAGAGCCACGGUUGGAGUUGAAGAAGAAGAGUAGGGAGGAAAGAGGGGCACUACAAAAGAAGAAAAAGCUCGACCCUAAGCUAAGACAGUUGGAGGAGGGGGCGGAGGUACGAGCUCCUGGUAAGGGAAAGGGCCUUGUUCCCUUGUUGUCGUGUCAGAGCAGCCUGUUCAAGGUGAACAUGACAGGGGCAAGGAGGUUUAUCAAUUCCACCUUCCCCGAAGUGGACAAGCAUCACGCACGGGACGAGGCUCUGAGGUAUUGUGGGGCUUCGGUGGUGAAGCACGUUUUGGAGGUAUGUUAAGUUUAUGUACUUGUAGUUGUUGGUGUGUUUGUUUUUUUUUUUUUUUCUUCUUUUUUUUUUUUUAACUUCUGCUUGAAUUGCAAAGCACUAGCUGGGUGAAUGGUCUAGCCCAAGAGUUCAUGGAGAGGUGGUGAGCUAAGAUAAGACUUCAGCUCUUCGAAUGCGGCUUGGCAUUCUUGAUUC